GAGGAGGAGCAGGCUUUGAAUUACAGGCCGCCCCGUCUCCAUCACCCAGCCCCCCAGACGCUACAUUCAACAGAGGAAACGGAAAAGACGAAACAUACAAGAAGGUUUUUCAUUUCAAAACCCCGGGGCUGUGGAAAGAACAGAGAGUUCCUUUUUUAUCCCAAAACUUGUCCACCUUUGGCUUCAUAGCCAGACCACAAACCGGACCUCUCACUUCAUUAUUUCCACUUUUUGCGCAUCUUUUCCCCAGCUGUUUGCAGCUGGCACAAAGCACCCGCCCUGUUCGGGAAAAAGGGACCGAGAGUGACCGGAGGAGGAGAGAGAUGCCACCCCAACCUCCCCAGCCGCAGGUGAGGAAGAAUAUCCUGAAGUUCCUAAAGAGUUUUUUGGGAAUCAUCCGGAUCCUGCAGAUUGUGUUCGGGGCCGGGCUCUGGGUCACCAUCGCCGCAAACAAAUACGAAGGAUCCAUCCACUUCGUGCUGUUCGUCGCGGUCCUCUUCUGGCUCCUCACCCUCGCCCUCUUCUUCCUCACCCUGCUGGACAAGCAGGACUUGGUCCCGCUGCUGGGAGGGGACCGCUGGUUGUUCACCAACCUGGCGCACGACGUGGCCGCCGCCGUGCUGUACAUGCCGGCCAUAGGUGUCAUGAUCCACAAGACCAAACGCCACUCGUACUGCAACCUGGAGCAGUACGAGCACCCCUGUCUGUACAAGGUCUACCUGACAGCCGCCGUGUUCGCCUGCCUGUGCUGCCUGGUUUACCUGCUGGCGGUUAUUUAUGGAGCGUGCAGGAAGUGCCGGGGAGAACAGACGGUCAUCUGAUGGGACUGAAGGGGGGUGAUGGUGACAGGGAGGUGGGCAUGGGUCCACAGCAAGAUGAGGAAUAGUUAACUUCACUGUAAUUUAACUCAACAGCUGGGAUGAAGUCAGGUAAGGUGGGACAUCAGGUAAAAUGGGACAAGAAAGAUGUUAUAUCUUGGGCUCCUUAGAUAUUAAGUCAGUCACCAAACACAACAUUGCAUUUUAUUACAAAUGCGCUUUACAUAAAUUAUUAUUGAUCUGACAUUGCUUGUGUAGGCACACAAAAUAUUCAAAAAUCCACUGGUCACAGAACUUCAGGGGUAGCCUAAGCCCUGUGGCAUGUUUAUUAUAUCAUGGUGGUAAUUGCUGUCCUAUGGCUAAAAUAAUAAGGCCAUAACAACAAAAAUGAUUGUAGGAUGUGGCAUUAUCUUAUUGUUUGACUUUUCAUGAAAAUAUCUUCACAAUACUUUUUACUUCUUACCUUUUUUAAGGGUUUUGAGCAAAAUAGAACAGUUUUUAUACUAAAACCAGCAUGUUUUUGGAGCUACCAGGUGCCAUAAAUCAUGAUUUUGCAGUGAGCCAUAUGUAAGCCACAAUCCUCCAGAAGUAGCCUGCCUAUAAUUGUAACUGACAUGGAAGUACUCAAACAUGUCCAUUAUAGACAACAUGGCACCAAAGACACAGUUAGCAAAACAACGGGGAAAGCAUGACAGAAAUGUUGCUGAAUCUUUGCCAACCGCUUACAUUAAUGAUUUAAUGAUUGAACAGAUAAAGGAGUUUAACCAUUUUAAAAACAAUCAUGAUUGUUCCAUUUUAUCUGAACAUGUCACUGGUGUGUGGUAGAGGUCCUUGGUGUGUUAAAGCUCCAUAGUUUCUAAAAUAUUUCACUUAUCAUUAUAUUUUCUUUAUAGAAAUACAGCAGAGAACCAUAACAAGUACUAAAAGCAACACGUAAGGUAGUAUUCAGAGUUUUAGGUGGUUUUCUUGAUAAUCUACCAAAACUGUCUCAGUUUACCUGACUUCACCCGACUCUAACCACAGGUUUGUCUCUAUCGUCUCCCAAACUUUCCACUGUGGUGAUGAGGCAGAAUCAUCCAAACAUCACUCUGUGGCCUUAAAGUCAGUGUUUGAAGGGUUACUGACAUGAAAAUACCCAACCAGCUCCCAGCACAGAGGCCUAGCUACCCAGGGUGGGAGUCUGGUUGGAAAUGAGGAAGCAUUGUAUCCCUUUAUGGAGGCAAAGUGACAUGUGUUUUUCUCCUAGUUGGGGUUAAGGCCAUGCCUCCACCUCUUAAGUUUGUUUAACAGUAAUUCAAUGUAAUUUCCCCUCAUAAAGAAUCUUUAUAACAUUUCUGUAGUUAUUAUUAUAGUGUGGUAGCAGUAUAUUCAGUGUUAAGUAGGGUUGCAGCGGUAUACUGGUUUUUAAACUGACAUUUAUCAUUCUGCCUUACAUACAUUUGCUUAUCUACAGUACGGAAAAAAUGCAACUAGACCGAGAAUCUCACCUUUAUUCACUUAUUUUGAAAAGGGAGACUUUUUACACAUAUUUCUAUGAAAAAAGGGUUUCAGAUUUAUAUUACUGAAUUAAAAAUUUUGUUCAACUCAAAAUUAGAUAAAAUUAGUUAAUAAUAGCAAUUCUGUAAAACCGUGAAACAAACUCAGUUUUUCCUGACUAAUUUAUCGUCAGUAGCGUCAUUAGGCCUGGGUGUCCAGGGCUAUAGCCGCAUAUGUUAAAGCUAUAUAUAUCUUUCAAACAUAAGACUAAGCCUAAAUAACAAAAAAAAUUUUAAAAAAAACAACCUUGGAUCUAAUAAUCUGUCAUUCUGUUUAUACUCACACAUAAACACACAUUUAACUAGUUUUCUAACUCUCGUCAAUACAUUUUUAAUGACAGUAUUUGUGAAGUAACAGCUAGUAUUUUCCUCAUCACAGUUAAAAACUGGUUUAAGCCCCCAAUGUCCUUAAAUCUUAAUAACGCCCUUGGUUAUUGUUCCAUAAAAAUCUUAUACCGUUGCAACCCUAGUGUUAAAUUUACACUACAAUGGCCUUGACAUAAAUUUUGUAGAUUUGGUACUGAGUAACUGUCCAUCCAAAACCUCUUAUAGGAUUCCUAAAACUGUUUUCAAAAGGGAUUCUUGUCAUUAUCUUUUUUUUAAAGUAUAUAUUUUUAUGUGUUUUUAUGUGUUUUUGUACAACAGCAAACUAUACUGAACAGUAACUGAAGUGUGACGGACUCAAAACACUUCUGCUUACGACUAUCUUUCUUUGUCUUUAUCAGUGCCUUCUGUCAGAAUGCUGUACACUCAGCCAGGUUGUGACAAUGACAACCCAACAAUAUGGAUGUGAUUGGUGCUACAAUGUGUAUGUUGAACAAAAAAAAAUAUUCCUUAAGUGUUCAUUAUGUAAAGCCAAAGAAUAAAGAGCAGUAAGUGAGA